UGUCCGGUAUUUUUGUUGAAACCAUCUGGCAACUCUAUCUGAGGCAUCUUCUAAAAGCAGGGAAGUGUUUGUGCUAUGGGGUUGAUACAUGGGGGGUAUGGGCAUAUGAGGAAGGAGAAUGACAUAGGAACAAACAGCAAUGCCAGACUCUGACUUAGAGGCAGCAGAGUUCUCAUAGCCCCUGAGAGAUGAAUCCUCUCCAGUUUUUGUUUAUCUCACCAGGCCUCUGGAGUUGCUGCCUGUUGUGGUGCCUGAAUUGGUAACAUUGCAAACUUAAGGGAAGUCUGACAACCACCAAGAAUAAAACAUAAUGCCUAAUGCAGCUAAGAAGCCUUUGAAAGCCAGGAAAGACAUAAUCCUGCCCACUGAAAUCAAUGGGAGCUUGGCCAUUUACUUCAAUGGGUGCAGGAGUUACUCCCCAGUGCACUGUUAUUUCUUUUUAUCGUUGUUUCCUCCUAGAUAAAGGCACUAGAGUAAAACAGACAAGCCAUCAGCACCAGGAUGACAGGAAGGGCCUGGAGGCUGCUCACAUGUAUGAUGACGUCUUCGAGUUUCCAGUCUAUGCUACUGUGAACAAGCCCAAGAAUGUGAAGCGUGAUGACAGUGUGCACUAUGCAGAUAUCCAGGUGUUCACCAGGGCCCGGGAGCGCUCAGCUGAAGAGGUGAAGAACUUGCAAAUGCAGAACGCAACAGAGUAUGCCACCCUCAACUUCCCCCAUCCUAGGCUGAAAUACGACAGCCGAAAUGGGACCUUGGUAUAAGAAGUGCAGCGGCUUCCUCCAGCAAAAGUGUUUCACAGACAGAAGCGGUAGAUUCAAGCCUGUACCAUGGAUACAUGGGUCUCUCUGAGAAGGCGAAGAGAAGCUGGAUCCUCCAGUUGCAUUUGGUUUUGAAGGACUCUAAUUAUUUGUUGUAACCGAAUAAAACUUUUCACUAGGUUUUGCUGAGAAAAUCCAACUUACCCCUUUGGAAAUAUCAGGGGUGUUUCUGAGGCUGACAGGAGCUCUCCUUGGGCUGCUCCCAGUUGAGUGAAGCAUGAAAUCAUAGCCCGAUGCCAUGAGGAAGGGUUGUUCAUGCCAUGGCAGGAGGACUAGCCAACCACCAUUAUGCAAGCAGAUCUGGAAACCCAGAACAAAGGAUUAGCUAAGUUAGAACAAAUAUUAAGAAAACCCUGUAGCUGUUACAGAAGAUGACAGGUGACAGAUACUGCGAGGGAAUGGAAUAGACCAUGUCACACUAUGCAUGCUUCGAAAACUACACUUGGUAUGCUUCAGACACUAAUCCCAUACCAUGUCCCCAAUGAAGCAAUGUAUUCCCACCAUGCACAG